AUGGUGUGCCGGGACACCUUGCCUGUAGAGCACCCUGUGGCCCCUAGAGGCUGCCUUGUUAUCCCGUGCCAGGAGGUACAGACAGCAGGACCCACCCCAGCCAAGCCCAGCUGCCCUGGAGUAGAUCCUGACCGUGGAAAAGCUGUGCCUAGCACCAGAGCCAGUUUGUGGGCAGAUCCUGGAAAUAACUCACCGCAGGUGCCCGGAUACCCGGUGAACAUCAUGCCUGGAAGCAGCAGCAGACCACAGGGUCCAGAAGUUGCUGCCACAGUCACUCACGCACUGCUGCUACCGGAGCUGGAGUCACCCGUGGAACACUCACCUGUUAGAGGCACUGAACAAGAAGAUCCUAAUAAGCUUGCUACCAGCUGGCCAGACUACUACAUUGACCGCAUUAAUUCCAUGGCAGCAAUGCAGACUCUGUAUGCUUUCGAUGAAGAAGAAACAGAAAUGAAAAACAAAAUAGUUGAAGACUUGAAGACAGCUCUGCGGACUCAGCCCAUGAGGUUUGUGACCAGGUUUAUUGAGCUGGAUGGCCUGAGUUGUUUGCUGAACUUCCUGAAGAGCAUGGACUAUGACACCUCAGAGAGUCGCAUCCACACAUCCGUUAUAGGGUGUAUCAAGGCACUGAUGAACAACUCCCAGGGACGGGCUCAUGUCCUGGCCCAUCCAGAAAGUAUCAACAUCAUAUCCCAGAGUUUACAGACUGAGAACAUUAAGACCAAGAUUGCUGUGCUGGAGAUCCUAGGGGCUGUCUGCUUGGUACCAGAUGGUCACAAAAAAGUCUUGCAAGCCAUGUUUCACUACCAAGUCUAUGCUGCAGAAAGGACAAGAUUCCAGUCAUUGUUAAAUGAGCUAGACCGAAGCAUGGGGCGAUACCAAGAUGAAGUAAACCUCAAAACAGCCAUCAUGUCCUUCAUCAAUGCUGUCCUGAAUGCAGGUGCUGGUGAGGACAAUUUGGAGUUCCGGUUGCAUCUCCGAUAUGAGUUUCUAAUGCUAGGAAUUCAGCCCAUCAUUGACAAGCUCAGAGGACACGAGAAUGCUACACUGGACAGACAUUUAGAUUUCUUUGAGAUGGUCAGAAAUGAAGAUGACCUGGAGUUUGCCAAGCGGUUUGACCUGAUCCACAUUGAUACAAAAAGUGCCUCUCAGAUGUUUGAGUUGAUCAAGAAGAGAUUGAAGCAUACAGAUGCCUAUCCCUAUUUGUUAUCCAUCCUCCACCACUGCUUGCAGAUGCCAUAUAAGAGGAAUGGAGGAAACUUCCAGCAGUGGCAACUCUUGGACAGAAUACUCCAACAAAUUGUUCUUCAGGAUGAACGAGGAGAUGAUCCAGAUAUAGCUCCAUUGGAAAACUUCAGUGUCAAAAACAUCAUUAAAAUGCUAGUGAAUGAAAAUGAGGUCAAGCAAUGGAGGGAUCAGGCAGAGAAGUUUCGGAAAGACCAUGCUGAGCUGAUGAGCAGGCUAGAGAAGAAGGAGCGGGAAUGUGAAACAAAGACUCGGGAGAAGGAUGAAAUGAUGAAGACACUGAACAAAAUGAAGGACAAACUGCAAAAAGAAUCCUUGGAGCUGCGCCAGACCCGAGACCAGAUGAAUGAUCUAGUGGCUCAACUUAAUGAGUUCUCGCAAGGGGGAAGCAUUUCCUUCCCACCCCCACCACCCCCUCCUCCAGGUGGCCCAUUAGCUUUGUCCUCUUCUCACAUGUCUGAUAAUUUGCCAUCGCUGCCACCUCCUCUCCCUUUCUCCAGCUGUCCCCCUCCUCCCGCUCCACCACCUCCACCAGGAGGACCUCCUCCUCCACCAGGAGCACCACCUGUCUUCAGCAUGGGGAUGGCACCCCCUUCAACAACCACCUUCAGCACCAGUGGCCCUAGUCUGAAGAAGAAAACUAUCCCCCAGCCUUCACAUCCACUGAAAUCCUUCAACUGGGCUAAGUUGAGUGAGGAGAGGAUCCCUGGCACAAUCUGGAAUGAGAUUGAUGAUUUAAAGGCAUUCAAGGUGCUGGAUCUAGAAGAUUUUGAAAAGAUGUUCUCUGCGUAUCAGAGGCACCAGGACCUGCUAACUAACCCCUCCUCCUCUAAGCAAAAAGAGAUGGGUUCAACAGAAGACCUUUACCUCUCCACAAGAAAGGUGAAAGAGCUAUCUGUGAUUGAUGGCCGGAGGGCCCAGAACUGUGUCAUUCUCCUUUCCAAGUGGGCAUCAGCUUCUAUCUGAAGACUCAUCAUCAGAAAGUGAUCACUACUCAUUGGUAGAUGAAAGCAGAUCAUUGUCAGUGUUUGCAUUUCACUCGAAGUAAUGUGUUCCCCACGUUCUGUGUCUGUCAUUUGUCUCUGUUCUGUGUGCUUCUUUCUAAAUAUUGUUCUGCCCAUCUCCCUGGAAUACAGCAGAGCUGAGUGUGAUGUUCAUUUUUUUGACUCAUGGUGAGAACAGUGGUAAACAUAGGCAUUCAUAUUCAAGACUCUGAGAUGAGCUCAGCUUCUUUAGAGCAUGGUAUUAAUUAUAUCAAGGUUGUGGUUUAAAUCCCUGUAUGGGACACUUAAUAAAGAGUUUGGCUCAGUGAUCCUUGUUAGUCCCUUCCAGAUCAGAAUAUUCCAUGAAGAACUAAGUCUUCUAUUUGUAAAUUAGGUUUUUGAAAGCAAGAGUUGCCUUUGUGUAUUUCUGCAAUGGCUAAUACAUUCAAAAGCAGUGACAUCAGGGCCCUCUAUAUUUUUUCAUGUCUUUCUACCAGCAUGAGUUCUAGGUUUGAGGUCUGUCCCUUUCAAAUUUGUACAGACACUGAUCAAAUUGUGAAAGUUGCUUUUCAUAACAGAGGAGGGACAGCAAGACUGGAGACAAAACCUGGUUAAGCUGUGGCAGUACUGAGCAGCAAAACUGUUUCAUUGGGCAGUAGAAAAUACAUGUUCAUAUGGAUGUGAUGCUUGUCUGCUCUAGCAAGCUAACAGUGAAAACAAGGUUGCAGCCAGACCACCAGGACUGGAGCAAGUUCUUUCCCUUGCUUAGUGAAACCUGUGGAAGCUUUCAUUAUGCUACUUAUGUGGCAUUAGCCUGCAUAUCAGCAGGACCCCACCACCCAAACCUUCAGUGAGGAAAGGCUUACAUUUCUCUCUCUGCAGUAGUUGCUGCCAACACAUAUUUGCUGGUGUUGGCAGCUGAUUGUGACUGGAGCAGAAGGAUGGGGAGGCAUAAGGGCAACAGGAUUUUCAUGCUGUUUGAUGGACCUACUGAAUUGUGUCUGGGGUUCAGAUUACCUGUAAGCAGGUGGAAAAUUUCCUAGAAGUGGUAACAUCAUGUGUUCGGUUCAGUUGGCUGGGCUGAGGAGGAUCCAGGAAGGUGGUCCAUGACUUGGUAUGGCACUAGAUACUUAUUUCUAAAAAUCUUCUGUCUCCAAAACAAAAGCAAUGUGGGCAAUAGCAAUGCAUGUUUUUCAACAUUCAUCUUCUCUGCUAUGCAAGUGUGGACAAUCUUAGCUGAGAAGAAUUCUCUCUAUACAGGUAACCCUCUCUAUACAGUGUCUUGGUUUGGAAGACAAGUGUCUGGUAGGGAGGGCAGGUGCUUCCCUUGGAAUGAAAA